GACAAGACCUGCAUUUCUCCUGCAAGAGCUGACACGAAUGAAGAAACGCACAUAAAUUAAAACUGAAUUUUGAAAUUAAUGUCCUCUCUCUCUCUCCCUUCUCACUCAGUGCUCAUUUCUCAGUUACUCACACCCACACUUCCCAACACCACCACACCGCUCCAACUCUCGCUGCCUUCGAUUCGCAGCACCAUCUCCUUCCUUCGUUUACACCUCUGAGCAUUUUUUAGUCCGAAAAUCAGACCAGAAACCUGUUGUGUAUGAAACAAAGAACUUUAGAGGGAUCAUUCAUAUAUUAACUAGCCCCGAUGAACUCAGUCUCUUUGACGUUCAAAUGAGUUGGGGUUCUUUUAUUUCUUUCUAUCGUGUCGUGAAUGGGGUGUAUAGUUUCUCAGCUAGCGGCGAAACUCGCCUUCUUUCCGCCGUCUCCGCCCACAUACCAGCUCAAGAAGCGGCCCGACGGGAAGGUCGUGGUGGUUUCGCCGACGUCGCCGUCGCCGUCGCCGUCCAUGCUGAUACCGAUUCCUCACGCGGAUGAUCCUUCGUUGGAUAUUCUGUUAGUGGAUACCAAGUUCGGGAACAAGAUUGUGGCUUUUUACCUCAGAAAUCCUUACGCUCGCCUCACUCUGCUUUACUCUCACGGCAAUGCCGCUGACCUGGGCCAGCUCUACGACCUAUUCGUGCAGCUCAAGGUCAAUCUCAGAGUUAAUCUCAUGGGAUAUGACUACUCUGGAUAUGGGGCCUCUACAGGCAAGCCUAGUGAAUCCAACACAUAUGCUGAUAUUGAAGCAAUAUAUGAAUGCCUUGAGACUCAAUAUGGAGUUAGCCAAGAAGACGUGAUCCUGUAUGGACAGUCAGUUGGAAGUGGGCCAACACUACAUUUGGCAGCUAAAUUGCCAAGGUUGAGAGGUGUCGUUUUACACAGUGGAAUUCUUUCUGGUCUUCGUGUACUCUGCCAUGUCAAGUUCACUCUUUGCUUUGACAUUUACAAGAACAUCAACAAAAUAAAGAAGGUGAAGUGCCCUGUACUCGUAAUACAUGGUACAGAGGAUAAUGUUGUCAAUUUAUUUCAUGGCAAUGGACUCUGGAAAAUGGCUAGAGAACCAUAUGAGCCUUUGUGGAUUAAAGGAGGUGGGCACUGCAACUUGGAACUUUACCCUGAUUACAUACGCCAUCUCUGCAGAUUUAUCGUAGAGAUGGAGAACAUGACAACCCAAAAACGUCUCAAGAAGAUUCGGCAAAGCCUGAUAGCACAAUCAAAGUCAAACACCAGUUCCACCUGCAGAUUCUGUGGAGUGAAAUGUUGGAGACCAAAAGAUCAUGAAUGCUUAAAAUGCAGCUGCACAAAAUGUUCGUGGACCCUCAAAUGUACGAGACCUAGCUUUCUCAAAUGUUGCUCAAUACUGAAAUUCUCGAAAUGUCUGCAACCACCUUGCUGCUGCACGAAAUGCUCAAGACCAAGCUGCCACAUAAAUUGCUCAAUGCGCUGCUGCUGCAUCAAAUGUUUCUGUUGGCAAUGAUGUGUGAGAAGACACGGUGGAGGAAUAGAAGUAAAACGAGAUGCCUAAUGGUGGUGAAUGACAUUGGCAAACUAGUGUAUGUACAGAUAACAAAGCCCUUGAAAUAUUGUGCAGUGAACGUAGUAGAAACAAGAGGAAGUGGUGGAUGGCAAAUUUAGGAAAUCUACAGGAUCCAAAGUCAUCUUCAAGUUAUUGUGGAGUUUCAUCUUGGGGGUUUUCAUUGAACUGUUUAGGCAUAUGAUGAUGAUGAAUGAAUAGCAUUUUGUCUUCCAUUUGGAAACAUUUAUGAAUAAGGUAUUUGCAGGGUCCAUACAGGAGCUGGAGGAAAUGGACGAUAUAGUCUGUGAUGUAUAUAAAGCAUAAGUCAUGUCUUGUACCCCCAAUUUCCGACAUGUGUGUAACACAGACUUGAAAUGUCUCUGUUAUGUUUGGGAGAAAGCAACUUGUGUUUCAUUUGAUGGACACGCGUGUUAUUCCAUGACCUCAAACAGUAGUUACAGCAGGGUCGGCAAGUGAAUGAGAAGCAAAAUCAUGUUUUGAAGUACUGUUUGUAGUUCAGAAAUCGAAUGUUACAAAUAGAUGGUUAUGACUUGUGCGUUUA